AAGUGGGAGGAGGUGGGAGCACGUGGGAGGAGCGGCCGCGGGGAGGUGCGGAGGGAAGAGGUGAACAUUCUACGCACACGUGAGCAGAUCCAGCCCAUCUGAGUGACAGUGCAGAGCCCUGGCUGCCAGCCCACCCCCACCGGCCUGGGGCCUGUGGGUGCGCCCCACCCCAGCACAGCCAUGGCCCUGGUCAGCAUCAACGAGCUGCCGGAGAACAUCCUGCUGGAGCUGUUCACGCACGUGCCCGCCCGCCAGCUCCUGCUGCACUGUCGGCCCGUCUGCAGCCUCUGGCGAGACCUCAUUGACGUUGUGACGCUCUGGAAGCGCAAGUGCGUGCUCGAGGGCUUCAUCACCGAGCACUGGGACCAGCCCGUGGACAACUGGAAGAUCUUCUACUUCCUGUGCAGCCUCCGCAGGAACCUCCUGCGCAACCCGUGUGCGGAAGAGGAUAUGGGAUCAUGGCGAAUCGACUCCAAUGGGGGUGACCACUGGAAGGUGGAGAGCCUCCCUGGAGACCAUGGGACAGAUUUUCCUGAUCCCAAAGUCAAGAAGUACUUUGUUACAUCGUACAGCACGUGCCUCAAGUCCCAGCUGGUGGACCUCAAGGCCGAGGGCUACUGGGAGGAGCUCAUGGACACAUUUCGGCCCAACAUCGUGGUCAAAGACUGGUUCGCAGCCAGAGCAGACUGUGGCUGCACCUACCAAAUCCGAGUGCAGCUGGUCUCAGCAGACUACAUCGUCCUGGCCUCCUUCGAGCCCCCGCCUGUGACCAUCCAACAGUGGAACGAUGCCACGUGGACUGAGGUCUCCCACACUUUCUCAGACUACCCUCCAGGCGUCCGCCACAUCCUCUUUCAGCAUGGGGGCAAGGAUACCCAGUUCUGGGCAGGCUGGUAUGGGCCCCGGGUCACCAACAGCAGCAUCAUCAUCGGCCAUGAGAUGACCGGGAACCCGGCUGCCUCCACUGCUCAGCUCGAGCAACGGCAGGGGCAGGAGGAAGCUGCCCACCGGCCCUCCGCACUUCCUCUCCACAGGCCCUUCUGACAGUCCGUCCUCUGACAGCCACUCAUCCAUCCCCUGUCUGGCUCAGCCAAAGGCCCCUCCAGGCAAGAGCUGGGCCUGGAGCGGGCAGUGAGGCACCCUGUCCCAGGAGCUCCCGCCCCACUUUCAACCUUGGGCACGCCAGCCAGCUCAUGGUAACGUACCGUUCACGUAGCUCCGAUAUUUUGUCAUAAUAAACAUUUUCAGUAAAGCCAGCCUGGGGUUGGGUUUCCAGGUUGGGGGAGGGGUCUGUGGCACUUUGGUAGAGAAGCAGCCCCUCCCCCAGGUUAAUAUGGCCA